CUGAAGCUGCCACAACCAGAUCGUUCACAUCACAUGCCCUUGGUGCCAAAGAUUAUUCAUAAUUAACUCGGAUAUAAGGACAUUGAUAAAUUUCCUUCAUAUUUGGGAAAAAAAAAACACGAACAUCUUACGUUACAUUUUCAGCAGAUGUACCUAUAAUAUAUAUUCUGCACUUGCCUGGUAUUAAUGGAUCGUCAUUUGCACACGGGCUACACUUGAUUUCAUUCCAUAGUUAUAAAUGAUUUCACUUGGUUUAGACAUUAGUUAUCAACUUUUACUCGCUUGAUAUCUUCGAGCAUUGCUUCAACUUCUUCUUUGAUCUACCUUAGGGUUGACACCGCACAAGGGAAUUUAUCAUACUAACCCUAAUUGCAUAGCAAACUUCAGACUUGGCCGCCAACUUUUUUUUCAAAAUGUUGCACAAGGAAAUAGCUAUAGGUAUGGCUCAUCCUCUAUGAGCAGAUUGGCGAAAAGGCGACCAGAACAACUCCAACGGUUGUCCCCACGAUUUUGCAGAGUCUGAGGUUGAGGCUGACGGCAAAGGGCUUGUAACCAAAUUUUCCGUGCCUCACACGAAGGGGCAUCAUAAACCUCCCAUAAACCUCCCAACAGUUAAACUCAGAAAUAUAAACUUCCUGAAGCAGGGUGCGGAGUGAAAAACAACCAAAACAAAAGGAAAAUGGCGGAUGUAGGGGGUUUUACAUUUGAGAACAUGUAUGAUAGCAAAUUGAAGGUUACAAUGUUAUAUGAAGUAAUGGCUUCUCAUUUCCCACCUGAAAAGCUGCCCUCUCCUAAACCUUUGCAGCUCUCUUCUGCUCUUUCUACCAUUCGCAGAGGCAAACUGUUAUCCGAGUCAAAACGAGAUGAUAUUUGGAAAGCUGCUCUUGAUGCUUGGAACGAACGUAUAUUGAGUUAUGCGGAUGCUAAAAUGCCAGAUAAAUGUUGGGCUGGGAUAUGCAUGCUGGGGGUGACAUGCCAAGAGUGCCAUAGCCAACGUUUUUUGGAAUCUUACCACAGUUGGUACCAGAAGCUCCUUAUACAUCUUAAGCUUCCUAAUGAAUCACCGUUUCUUAAAGUGGCUGCAUGUGCUUCACUUUCUGAUCUUUUAUCAAGGUUAGGGGGUUUUCCUAGCAUGAAGAAAGAAGGAACUUCCCUUGUUGGAAAACUUGUGCAGCCUGUUUUGCAGUUAUUAGGUGAAGAUGGCUCAGAGACUAUUUGGAAUAAUGCGGCUGAUCUAUUUUGUGCUAUUUUGAAGUCUUUUCCAUCUUGUCUUCAGUCGCAUUAUGAUACUGUAGAGUCUGUUCUUGUGGCGAAGAUAUUUUCUGGGAAAUGCAGUUUACGAAUUUGUCAGAAAUUUGCUCGAUGUUUGGCCUUUCUUCCAAAGUCUCAGAGUGAUGGGGCUACCUGGUAUUCUAUGAUGCAAAGGGUUUUGCUUGCGAUAAAUGCACAUUUGAAUAAUGCAUUCCAAGGUUUUGAGGAAGUAAACAAAGCGAGUGAAGCUGUUGUUUCUUUGCUUCCACCUGGAAAGGAUCCUCCUCCCCCAUUGGGAGGACCAUUGGUGGAGGCUGAGUCAGUGGAUCAAGCAAGAAAAAAGUUUUGGCAACUACUUGUACCGAGAGUUUCUUCAUUGCUGCACUGCUGCUGCCUGAUGCUUACGAAUCCAUAUCCAGUUCAGGUGACCGUUCCACUUGGGCCACUUCUAGCACUUGUGUCAAGAAUACUUAAUGUGAAUGGUUCUCUAUAUCAGCAGGCUGUACCUCUUGGUAUCAGCAGCCAACAACAAGCUCUUCUAUGCAGUGAGCUUCCUGCAUUACACUCGUGUGCAUUGGAUUUACUUACUGCCAUCAUUAAGGGUGUCCGCAGUCAAUUGUUGCCUCGUGCAGCAACUAUUGUGAGACUCAUAACGGAAUACUUCAAGUGUUGUAUAUCUCCAGCCCUAAGAGUUAAGCUAUAUUGUAAUGCGCGAAACCUACUUUUUUCAAUGGGAGUUGGAAUGGCUUCAUAUCUUGCGCCAGCUAUAAUUUACAAUGCAAUAGCUGAUUUAAAGGCUUCAAAUUGUGGGGGUAUUUUAAGUUCUCCAAAUGUGCAAGGAAAUUCUGCUUGCAUAAGUGGAGGUGAUUCAGAAACCAACCCACGGAAGAGGAGGAAAAUCCAAGGUUUAUCAGCUGAAUCUUCAGUACCCUCUGAGUUGGAGAGAGAAUUGGAUGCAAAUGAUGCCUGGACAUCUAUUUCGGUGCAAAUUAGUGCUCUUCAAGCACUUGAAGCUUUGCUUACUGUGGGUGGAGCUUUGCGCUCUGAUCGCUGGAGAGCAGAGGUUGAUUUGAUUCUGGUUACUGUGGCAAUGAAUGCACCAUCAAAUUCAUCACGGCUACAAUUUUGCAAUGAGGAAGAUAUUUCUUUCUUUGAAGAAUCAACAUCUCAUACUAUAGCAGAUUUUCAGCUUGCUGCAUACAGAGCUCUUUUAGCAUCACUACUGUCACCUUCUUCUCAUCGACCCCCUUAUCUGUCUCAAGGACUUGCACUGUUUCGUAGAGGGAGACAAGAAUCUGGAACAGAACUUGCAGAGUUUUGUGCUCAUGCACUUUUAGCUCUUGAGCCACUUAUUCAUCCACGCAGCCUUCCAUAUGGUGCCCCACCUACAGUCAUGGCUACUGGCAUGGCAUCAGGAAGAGGAAUUCAAGGAAAUAUAGAUUUAGGUGUACAAAAGUCUAGCAUGUUCAUUCCAAAUUCAGAUAGUGGUCCAUCAAUUCUUGGAUCUUCUUGUGCUAUGGCUUUUGGGUCUUCAAUAAAGAUUGGUCAGCAUAGUAUGCAGAUCAGAGAAGAUGAUUUCUAUCGAGAUGAUGAAAUAUAUUUGGGAUGGCUUGGAAAUGGUGAUGAUUCAGUUGCCGAGCAGAAUAACCUAUAUGACAGCAGUGAAAUGCCAAUUGAGAGUCUUGUCCAGUCAUUGACAGAGAAUAGAGAGUUAUACUGCUCUCCAAUUCAUGAAAUGGAGAACUUGGGUUCAGUGCAGCCUUCCAUUGAUGGCAGUGUACGUUCUAUAGCUGUUGGAGGUAUCAGUGAUCCCCAUAAUGAACCUGACAUUGGAACUUUUCCUAGGGAUUCAGUGGAAACCGGUAGAAAUGAGCUGAUGGGUACAUCUGAAGCUCAUCGGAGCAAAGUAGAUGCAGCUCAGGAUGCUUUCUUGGCAGUUUCUAGAAGUAAAACAAUUGAUAGUGUAGUAUCAACAUUAUCAGUGCCAGUGGUAGCAUCAGCAGAGAAUCUCCUUCAUGAGCAAGCAAAUGUAGGAACAGCAGCCACUAGCAGGGACACUGUUCUUCCUGAGUCUGCAAUGGCUAUUCAUACAGAAACUAAUAUUGUGGAAGCAAUAGAAACAGAUGCAAUUAUUCUUGAAUCUCAGCAGCAAACUGAAACUAGAAUAGAAACAGAAGACCAACCUGCAAGAAAUUUACAACUCCCACUGCAUUUAAAAUCUCACUACAUUUCUUCCACUGCUGAAUCAGAUUCUGAUGCAAUCCCUGAUAUUGUUGAUGGUGAUCCUGAUACAGACUAAUUGAGUGUUCAUUCUUUGUAUUAGUUUAGAUAAUCUGCCAACCAAUACAUCUGUUGAACAGAUCAUUAAGAAUAUUGCACAAAAGAUGUGCUUUAGCUCAUAUAUAGAUAAUUUUGUUUUUCUCCUGA